GUCAGCCACGUCAUGGCGAGCACGAAUUCCUCGGCGCGCCUCAAAUUUCCUGAAAUCACGGAGCUCCACUUCGCCUUCGCACCGACACACAUCCAGCGACCACCUCCUCCUCCUCCUCCUCCUCCCUGCAGCGGAAAAGCCCUCCACAAUGAUGUUCCGGAGUGUCCCCGCGCUGCUGCUGCUGCUCGCCGCCGCCGCGCUCGCUAACGCGGAGGAGAUCCAGAGCAAAAGCAAAGUGUGCGCCAAUGUAUUCUGUGGGGCCGGCAGAGAGUGUGCUGUUAAUGAGAAGGGAGAGCCCAGCUGUCUGUGUAUAGAGAGCUGUAAGCCACACAAGAGGUCAGUGUGUGGCAGCAACAGUAAAACCUACAGGAACCACUGUGAACUCCACAGGGACGCCUGUCUGACCGGCCUGAAGAUCCAGGUUGCCCAUGACGGACAUUGUCAAGCAAAGAAAACAGAGCAAGUUGCCGCCAGCCCAGUGGUGUGCUAUGUUGCGGACCGUAACGAGCUUAGGAGUCGCGUGAUCCAGUGGCUGCAGACUGAGGUGGUUCCAGACGGCUGGUUUGUCAAGGGGUCCAACUUCUCCGACAUCCUCCUCGGAUACUUCAAGACCUAUGAUAAUGGUGACUCCCAGCUGGACUCCUCAGAGCUGCUCAAAUUCAUCCAGCACAAUGAGUCGGCUGUGGACAUGCAGUCCUAUGCUGAUCAGGAGAGCAACAAGCUGCUGAGGAGCCUGUGUGUUGAUGCCCUCAUUGAGCUCUCUGAUGAGAAUGCUGACUGGAAGCUGAGCUUCAAUGAGUUCUUCAACUGCCUCAAGCCGGACUUCAAUCCACCAGAGAAGAAAUGUGCUCUGGAAGACGAAACCUAUGAGGAUGGGGCCGAAACACAGGUGGAGUGCAACCGCUGUGUGUGUGCAUGUGGCAACUGGGUCUGCACUGCUAUGACCUGCGCUGACAAGACAGCAGUUGUGGACGAAUCAGCAGACGCUGGGGCAGAGAUGACUGAGGAGGAAUGGAAUCUCCGUGUAGCCGAGCUCAACAAGCACCAGGAAACGGUCGAGAGGAUGAAGGCCAGCACAAAGGAGGUCUAAACAAAUGUUGCAAUAAAGGAGAGGACACCACCACCCUUCUUCUUCCAUACUUGAUUCAACUUGGGGCCCUGUGCUGUCACUGAAUUGGCAUAUUCAUGUUUCUCUCCUAUGUUAAUUAUUAUACUUGUUUUUGUUUUACAUUGUUUGUGUCUUUGCGUUGAUGUUUGUUAGAUUCAGGGGCUAUCAAAUUGUAUUAUUAUAAGAUUGACUUUUGUUCAGUACUGUCAUAUGGUUUGAUUGUAUUACAGCGCCCCUGCACUAGAAAUGGGGUAAUUUUUUUUUUACUGGUAUACUUAAUGGUUUUAUAGUUAAUAUGAGAAAAAAAUGGCAAGCAGUUGGUGGUUUGACAUAACGAAAGUCGUCGUAGGAGAAGGUGAACUUGGAGAAUCAUUCAGUGGAAUUCAGCAGUACAGCCUGACAACUUGUCCAUCCAUGUGUUUCUUCACUUUAUGAUGUUUAGAUCUGGCAUGUCUGUCAAACUGCUAUUCAGAUGUGAGAUGAGAUGAGACGGGAUGGUAUGUCCACUCUGGAGUUGGAUAUGGUCGGAUUUCGGUCCCGCCGUCAAAAGUCUACUACUUGACCAAUGCACUUCUCUCGUCCUCUCCGUAGUCUAGCUUUUUGGGCUUUAGUUUAGCACUGCCCCAAAUUUAGUUGGUAUCCUACCGCAAUUUUUUUAUUUUUUUUUUGCUGCAUAAAUGUUGGCAUCUGUAUUCACAAAGUUAAUUUGUUUGAUUUGGAAUUCACAUGGCUCCUGUGUGAUACUCAGUUAGCUCUCACUGGUGCUUUGAAAACCUCAAAAAGAUUUUCUGUCUUGUAAUCUGUGCCAGAAGUCUUUCGGAGCAAAAGUUGUCUGACACAAGAGAUGUAGUGGUCCAGCUAUUGAAUGUGGGAGUAGCACUUAUCGCACCGAGGUGAGUGCUGAUGUGAAUUAUACAGCGGAGAGAGAGCUGAAACCAAAGCCUGUCGAUGAGAAUGUUUGAAUGAUGUACAAACCCCUCCAGGUAAGCAUUACUCUGGACCCAGCAACAACACUAUACCUGUGCUUUCACAAUCACUCUAACAGAAGGACUAGCCUCACUGUCAGUUUAAGUAGCUUAGACACAUCAAUUAGUGAGUGCAAGGAAACGCAGUCUGUGUGUGUGCGUGUGUGUGUGUGUGUGUGCGUGUGUGUCCGUGCGUGUGUGUGAAUGUGUACUAUCUGCAUGGUUAAAAGGAUAAAAGUUCUAUUUUAUGUUAUGUAUUUUUCACAAUCCCUUAUUCUAAAACUGAAGAACCUUCAAUAAUAGUCAGUGCCUUAUACCUGCAAACUUAUAUAGGUUUCUCUCUACCCCAGUCUGCACGUGUUAUACCAUAUGUGACGUAAGAAUGAGUGUGCUUUGGCAGACGUUCAGUGGUAAACCCGUUCUUUGUGGCUGUACUCUCGUUAAACGCUUGUGUGGGUGUUGCAUAACUAGGUUCAAGCUAGUCUUUUUAUAUUCAAAUAGAAGUGCAGAGACUGUAAGGUAUAUGUACGUAUGCCAAUAAACCCAAUAAACCACAACACACUU